ACUCUUGAGUUGGAAUUUGAGAAGAGUAAAUCUAUAUUAAUAAAGCAUGAAAAAAGAUAUUCAGUUAUGUCGUUCAGAAAUCAACAAAUUAAAUACGACAUCAGAGAACAUUAGAGAAGAACAGAACAAGUAUCAAUUGAAAUUAACAGAAAGUGAAACUAAGCUAAGUCAAUCUGAACUUGAUAAAUUAACUCCCACAACAUGUCUCCCUUUCGGAGAUUAUUCAGGAGUUCAUCAACUCAAUGUCUCUGGCAUAGGUUUAUUCAAUGUUUUGUGCGAUAGUCAGUUAGCUGGACCUGGAUGGAUUGUAAUACAACAACGAGUUGGGGGAGAUGAGAAUUUCACUAGGGAUUGGGCAACGUAUCGCAAAGGUUUCGGUUCUUUUGAAAGUGAUUUCUUUCUUGGAUUAGAGAAAAUUCAUCGUAUCACGAGCUUGCAGCGUUUCGAACUUUACAUACAUUUGGUUGCUGAGAAUGGAAGAACGUACAACGCUCGUUAUGACGACUUCAAAAUAUCUGAUGAAGAUAAUGGAUUUGCACUGAGUUUGGGUAAAUUCAGUGGAACUAUUUAUGAUGGCAUGAGAUACAAUGAAAACAUGAAAUUCACAACAUUCGAUCACGACAACGACACAUAUGAUGAUGACAAUUGCGCAAACUGGGGUAAAAGUGGCUGGUGGUACAAUGAUUGUUAUACUUGUAAUUUAAAUGUACCAAAUGGGAAUCUAGGUUGGUGGGACACUAUUAAUUAUAUUUCACUUAAAGAAGUUAAGAUGCUAAUUCGCCCCAAAGAAGCGAUGAAGAAGUGAUAAACUGAAAAGCUGAAAUUCCCAUAUUUGACUCAAUUCUGUAAUCAUUUAUAUAUAAUUGGUGCAUUAAGAAAUUGCGUUCUGAAAACUAAAACGAUCGUCUAUUUAAUGCAGCGAUUUAUUUUUUGAAUGGAAAUAGAUCAGUUUUUAUUGCAUUUAUUAUAUGCUUUGAAGUAGCAAAUUUUUAAUCUUUAGACGCUUUCAAUAGAGGUGGAAAUACUUAAAAGUCAGUAAACUUAUGAUUACCCUGUAUAUAUCCUUUCAGCCGAACCUUGAAUAUUAAUGUGAUU